UAAAGCCCGAUAUUGCCAAUUCUGCUCCUUCCAACCAAACCAAGGUUUUCCCAAUGGAAUCUCUAGCAAUCUCAAACAAUCAAUUUGCUGUUGAGUUUCUCAAAAAGCUAGCUGAGUCAUCUGAAAAUGAAAACAUCAUCUUUUCCCCUCACAGUAUCUCUACUGGCUUAGCCAUGGCCCUUUUUGGUGCAAAAGGCAUCACUGCAACCCAAAUGGAACAAGUGCUUCAACUUACCAAAGACAUUGGAGCUGAAAUAACUAGUUUUCGCUAUGAAAAAAGAAGAAAAAUGGAACUUGGCCCAAGCAAGGCAGAAGGCUUACAGUCUGACUUCCAGGCACUCAUAUCAGAAAUCAACAAGCCCAGCAAUUCCUACGAGCUGAAGACUGCCAACAGGCUAUAUGGAGAAAAAACCUACCCUUUUCAUUGUGAAUAUGUAGAAAACAUGAAAAAAUUCUUUGGUGCAGAGCCACAAUUUGUUAAUUUUUUGGAAACUCCAGACCAAAUCAGGACAGAAAUCAAUACCUGGGUUGAAAACCAGACCAAGGGCAAAAUUGUGAAGCUUCUACCAGAUGAUUCUGUUGAUUCCAUGACCAGAUUGGUUCUAGUGAGUGCCAUCUACUUCAAAGGAAAAUGGCAAGAGCAGUUCAACCCUAAAGACACAGUAGAAAAACCUUUCAGAGUAAACCAGACAACAACCAAGAUGGUGCAAAUGAUGUCAAUGAAACGCAAUCUUCAAAUAUUUCAUAUAGAAAAGCCAGAAGCCAAAGGCAUUCAGCUUUAUUAUGGCAGUGGUGAUGUGAGCAUGUUCAUAGUGCUACCAGAUGACAUCAAUGGUCUGAAAGAGCUUGAAAAGACAAUCACUUAUGGGAAGUUGAGUGAAUGGACUCAUGAAGAUAUGAUGGAGAAGUAUGAUGUGCAACUGUACCUCCCCAAAUUCAAGUUUGAGGAAAGCUAUGAUCUCAAAUCAAUCUUGAGCAGCAUGGGCAUGAGUGAUGCUUUCAGCACAAGCCAUGCUGACUUUUCAGGAAUGACUGAAAGAAAAAAUUUAUUCUUAUCACAAGUUUUCCAUAAGUCUUUUAUAGAAGUCAAUGAGGAAGGUACUGAGGCAGCAGCAAGCACUGCAGAUGAUUUUUCAGUUCGAAUGAAUCUCCCUUCCUUAACAUUGAAUGUGGAUCAUCCUUUCCUAUUUUUUAUUAAGCACAAAAAAACUAAUUGUAUUAUUUUCUAUGGAAAAGUCUACUCCCCCUAGAUACUGCCUCUCAUUCACAUAUCAGGAUAAACUUCUAACUCCAGAAAUGAUUCAAAAGAUGGAAAUAUUCAUUUAACCUAGAAAUUACUUGACUACACAAUUCUCUUUUUAUGUAUCCUACUUAAUAAAAAUUAAUGAAAUAAAUAAUUAUGAAAUGGCA